AUGAAGUUCUGCAACGUCUUGUUCAUGGCCGCGGCCACAUUGGCAGCUAUUGGUUUCAUCAUUGCGUCCUGCCUUCCGUCGCAUGGCGGAUUGUUGCCGACUUUGCGCAACCGUGAGAAGCUGAUGGAGUCGUCCAUCGGGCUGCACGCACGGAAAGACCGGGGAUGGAAAGACCCGGAACGGAAAGACCCGGAACAGAAAGACCCCCAACAAGCGCUGCACACACCACCCAGGGCAUUGGAAGAGGACUGGAAGCGAGCCCCAUUCCACCAGGAGCUGCUAGAAUCCAUUUAUGCGGUGACUCCGAGUGAUCUCACCGCUGAGUGCAUGAGCAAGUUCCAGGUAUGCGGCCGCUGUGGGAAAAGUGGAAAGUUGCUGCACGUAGGCCCUGGCAUUGGCAUUUGUCCAGAAGUCCUGGAGCAGACAGAGCGAAUCCUUUUAUUCGGCGCCAAAGCAUGGACAGAAUUUGGUUCGAGCUUGGCAGAGGCAGGGUUGCAUUGGCCUGGAUCUGUCACAGUGCACGACUGCUUCGUGCCGGAAAGCAGCAUAAGAUGUCCGAAAGGUCGGCCAGAGUGCCGAGUGCAAUUCAGGAAGACCUGCUUUUACGACCAGCAGGAAGCUCCAUUUCCUCCGGAUCUGAACAUCAAGAUCACACCUGACAACACUGACAAAUUGGUGGGCAUUUUUGACAUUGAGCCAUUGGAGUCUCGGGUGCUCUCAGUAGCUUCAUCAGCCCGCUUGCGCCAGUAUCAAAUGCUGGUAGUCAAAUUCUUCUGGCUGGAGCAGCAAUCAAAGCACCUGCUGUACUUGCAACUGUUGCAGAAGCUGUUGAAGGAUUUCUAUCUUGUCAGCGUCAGUGCAUCUUCAUGUCAUGGGCGGUGGCAUAUGCCAUCACACUCCUUGAUUAUGCCCCGGGUGGUGUGGGCCACUUUUCUGCGUAAAGACCUUGGUGAAAGUACCAUUUGCCGGACAGAGAUGCAGAUGACACAAGAAUGUCAGGGCAAUUCAAGUGGAAUCGGUGGGCUUGAGGCGCUCAGCCGAUGGUCUUUGACAGCCACGCAACCUUUAGGUGAACCAGAAGAUUUGCUCUUCGAGGUCUACGCGCAGACAUAUACUCCAGAAAAUCCGACUAAGACUAACUACUUGCUUCCUUACAAGGCCGUCUCGUUGGAGCUGCUGAAAGCAUUUCGGUUGUGCCAUGAGUGUAGAAGCGGUUCCGAAGAUCUUGAGCGGCUUGGACCAGGUAAGGAUGGUGGAUACUUGAUUUGUAAGGAGGCUGCAGCCACCGCAGGUAUGGCCGUGGCGGUGUCAAUAGGCAUCCGCGGAAGCGAUCCGUUUGGAGCUGUGCUGUCCAGUCGAUACAACCUGCAUGUUCAUGGCUUUGACUGCACCGGCCCUUCCUAUGGCUGUCCCGGCAACCUCGCUGGAUGUAGGUUCACACACCAUAGCCAAUGUGUUGGCAAGCCGUUUGGCGGCAGACCCGCUUCCAUGUUUGUGACUUUCGACGACAUCCUGUCAAAGUACGCAAAAGAAGACGAGGACCUCAUCCUCAAGAUCGAUUGUGAAGGCUGUGAGUGGAGCGUUUUGCCUGAUGUGCCACUGGCGGUGCUCAGGCGCUUUCGCAUGAUCAUCAUGGAAGCACACUGGCUUGAAAAGCAGGAGAGGCAUGCAACCUACGCAAAAACUUUUUACCACAUCCUAGAAGCAUUUGACCUUGUGCACAGCCACGCCUGCAACGUCUUCGGCGUUUGGACGGUGAAUGGCACCGGCUUGGGAAUGCCACGGAUCGUGGAGCUCCUGUUUGUUCGCAAGGACUACGCUGCCGCCACUGCUUGUACAAACAGCACGUACAGGCACAAGCUGGAUGUCAAGAUAUGCCCAGUCUUGCCUGAGCUGUAUGCAGAGUCUUUCCGGCUUCCCAUGUGA